AUGGAUAAUCAAAUCGACCAGGCCACACUUGAUUUAAUAAUUCAGCUUCAGCUGCAGGAUACUCAAACCUUGAUUAAAGGAAAGCAUCGGGCUGGCGAGCAAUCCGACGCCGAGCUUGCAGCAGGGCUGUAUAGGCUGGAGCUCGAGUCACUUGCUUCAUUCCAAUAUGAUCAUACUAUGAGCCGCAGUAUCGCUCAUGCGGUUUUGACAGAUGGGGAAUUGGUCGCCGAACAUGUCUUUGAAGAGGAACAGGCGACGCAUGACCGAGAAUUUGCUAUACAUGGCGAAUAUCCGGAACAGAUAUCGCGCACAACCACACCAGGAACAGUCAUGAAUGAAGAAAUGAUCAAGAAGCUUACAGCGCUCUAUGUCGGCAAUGCAGAGCCUCCAAACGGGGAGCCUUCGUCAAGCCAUGCAUCACCAGCUGUUACAUCAGCUACAGUGAGCGAGCAGCGACAAUGUGUCUCUUGUAUGACAGAUGUCCCAUUCUUCGAAACUGUGCAGUGCCCCUGCUCUCAUGAAUACUGUCGUGGAUGCAUAGCGGACUUGUUUAAAGCGGCAAUGUACGAUGAAUCCUUAUUUCCUCCUCGUUGCUGCAGGCAGGCGAUACCUCUUGGCCUUAAUCAGAUUUUCUUGCCUGCGAAACUGGUUGGACAAUAUCGAGCAAAGGAGCUGGAGUAUGCUACGAAGGAUAGAACAUACUGUCAUUUGCCUAAUUGUUCUACAUUUAUUCCUCCAGCCUUCAUCAAAGGAGAUAUAGCAAUAUGUCAAAAGUGUCAGAGCGAGACUUGCACUAUUUGCAAGAGUCAGUCUCAUGAAGAUAAUUGCCCCCAAGAUACAGCAACAUUGGACCUUCUUCGCAUUGCGUCAGAGAAUGACUGGCAGAGGUGUUACUCGUGCCGGAGGAUGGUUGAUUUGAUCACAGGAUGCAACCAUAUCACUUGUCAUUGCGGGGCUCAGUUUUGUUAUGUUUGUGGAGUGCCGUGGAAAGAUUGUCGCUGUGACCAGUGGGAUGAGCAUAGACUGCUUGACCGAGCAAAUGUUCUCGUAGAUCGGGACGCCCGCGGAAUGCAAAUUGAGCAAGCAGAUCGUGCUGUUCGUGUGGAGCGUGAGAGACAUAAUCUCGUUGAAAACCAUCAGUGUUUGCAUCAGAGGUGGAGAUCACGCCGUGGUUCGUUUCAAUGCGAGGAGUGCUAUCACCAAUUGCCCCAAUUCAUAUACGAAUGCCGCAAUUGUCGAAUUCUAGCAUGUCGGAGGUGCCGAUUCAACCGGCUCUGA